GAUACAGUCUAGAUUUCUAUAAUUUCCGGUUCCCCUUCUUUAAUUCUUUCACAUGGUUGCAUUUGGAAAUCGAACGGAAUGGAAUAUGAUGGUGCAGAAUGAAGUGAACAUCUGAAAACAAAAUAGAACCGUGCUUUCUACCUCCAACUCUCGCUUCUGGUUCCAAGCAGUGGAUCGCCAUUAUAGCUAUUAGAAGUGCCAGGGAAUGAGUAAGCUGCUGUUUCUUGAUCUUCUUCCAUUUGUAGAAGCAUCAGAGUGCUGUUUAUCAUUUCAAUAAUUUAGGUCAGAUAUUUAAUAUUAAAAGACCCAAGGAUGACUGCAGGGAGAAACAUGACAACUCAACAGCUGCCAAAAAAAAGAGUGGCAUUUGUGUUGAUUGAUGGGUUGGGUGAUGUGUCACUGCCAAUAUUCGGAUGCAGGACUCCUCUUCAGGCUGCAAAAGUCCCCUGCUUGGAUGCCAUAGCAUCUGCUGGAGUUAACGGACUUAUGGACCCUGUUGAAGUAGGCUUAGCUUGCGGAAGCGAUACAGCUCACCUCUCCUUGUUGGGUUAUGAUCCUAGAGUUUAUUAUCGUGGUCGAGGUGCAUUUGAAUCCAUGGGAGCUGGACUGGCAAUGUCACCUGGUGAUAUUGCUUUUAAGUCAAAUUUUGCAACUCUGGAUGAGAAAACUGGAAUAGUCACCAGUAGGAGGGCUGACAGGCACUUUGAAGAAGAAGGCCCAAUACUGUGUUCAGCCCUAGAUGGAAUGAAGCUUCCUUCUUUCCCCCAAUAUGAAGUCAGAGUCAGGUAUGCAACAGAGCAUAGAUGUGGCGUGGUUGUCAAAGGACCAAAUUUGAGUGGAAACAUAUCAGGAACUGAUCCAUUGAAGGACAACCGCUUUCUUUUGAAAGCAAAAGCUUUAGAUGAUUCUCAAGAAGCAAGCCAUACUGCAGAUGUUGUUAAUGAGUUGUCCAAAGAAAUAACCAAGAUUCUAGUUUCACAUCCCGUGAAUGCUAAACGUGUUGCAGAAGGGAAGAACAUAGCUAAUGUAGUCCUUUUAAGAGGUUGUGGUAUUCGAAUUGAGGUUCCUCCAUUUGUAAACAAACAUGGUUUGUGGCCAUGCAUGGUAGCUCCAACAAAAAUAAUUGCUGGCCUGGGCUUAUCACUUGGCAUUGAUAUUCUUGAAGCUCCUGGAGCAACUGGAGAUUAUCGAACGCUACUAACUUCAAAAGCAAUAGUAAUAGCCAAGGCACUCUCAGCUCCAUUGCAGUCUUGUCCUCAAGUUUUUGUACCUGGAGAGGUUGAGCAUAGAGCAGGCCGGUCAGAGGGAUAUGACUUUGGAUUUCUACAUAUCAAGGCAAUAGACGAUGCAGGACAUGAUAAGGCGACUGUUCUCAAGGUCAAAGGAUUAGAAGCUGUCGAUCGAGCAAUAGCACAGUUGGCAAAGCUUCUCUGGGAGGCAGAAUCAACCGGAAAUUUUCAGUACAACAUCUGUGUCACCGGAGACCACUCUACUCCAGUUGAAUAUGGAGAUCACAGCUUUGAACCAGUUCCAUUUGCAUUGUGCCGGCUGAAAGACUUUGUUGGUGCAGUUGGUGAGGACAACGUUAGUGAAACUUCUCUUGACCCAUUUCCUCUCCCAAGUGUUAAAGCUGGUGAGGAUUUAACUAAUGACUUGAAAAUAGAACAAGAGAGAAGAGAUAAAAGCUGUCGAUCUUACAGUGGUGAUUCAGUUUAUGAGUUCAAUGAGAUAGCCGCAGCAAGGGGAUGCCUCGGCCGAUUCCCGGGGGGAGAGAUGAUGGGAAUCAUAAAGAAAUUCCUUGCCCUUGAUCCCUACUAAGAGUCGAAGAGUUAACGGUUGUUCGUAGCUUUCUUAGGAUUUCACAAUGACCUGUUUUUUGUUUCCUUUUCUUUUUCCUGCUCUGAAAGCAAUUUUUGAUUGCAGGCUCUUCAUAACCUAUGAAAUAUGUGAGAUUGUAGAAUAAGGAUUCCUCUCCCUAAAAUAACGGUGCAAAAUCUGCCUGAAAGGAAGUCAUUUGAAAUACUUGUUCUUCCUUCAUUUGCUUGUCUCUAAUAAUAACAUCGAUUAUCUUCCAA